CGUACGCAGCUACAUUAGUGACAAUAUACAUUUUUUGUUUAUUGUAAAAACAGCUGAUUUUGGGGGGCUCUUGUUUUCUCUUAUUUUUUUUUUGUGCAAUUACAUUAAGGAAGUAUUAGUAACUACUUUGUUGUGUUAUUAAGUUGCUCGCUCAUCUACAUCAUCAUGCGUGCAGCAAUGGCCCGUAGAACAAUGGUUUCGUCUAUAGAUGUACCAGACAACCCUGAAGACUUGGAUAGUCCCGAUAGUAUAGAAGUGGGUACAUUGACCAUUCAAGAUUCCGAAGCUAAAAUGCCACAAAAAGAUCUCUGGGAACGUCUACCACAUUAUUUGCCACAAACUCUUCCAGAAAAUAAUACUCCAGUUUUACAAUUUGAAAUUUUAUCGGCUCGUAUUAUGCCACCAGACGGUGAAGACUUGAAAGUGAAACGUUAUGUCAUAUAUAUGCUAACCGUAAGACAAGAUACACGCACCGCAAUGGAUCCUCAGCCGGCCACAAUAGAGAGGCGUUACACUGAUUUUCGGGAUAUGUAUCAGAAUCUUAAACGAGAUUUCCCACAGGAAAUGUCCAAUAUCGAUUUUCCCAACAAGGUUUUAAUGGGGAAUUUCUCUGCCUCAUUGAUAGCCGAGAGGGGCAGAGCUUUUGAAGACCUUCUAACGCAUAUAGCACAAAAUUCCACACUGAGAUCCAGCUCGACAUUUUUGGAUUUUUUACAAAACAUUGAAUUAACAAAAGCUUGUCAAUUAUUAGAUGAACGCAAUGAUGCCUGUAUACCAUUGUUGGAAAACACUUUUAUGCUGUUGAACAAAAUAUUUAUGGAUCGCUCAAAGCCGGUCCUAUUGAUACUGUGUCGUUUGGUGGCAGCUUGUACUAGUUCGCCAGUACCCCAUCCAUCGGCAGAGAAAUGGUCUGCAUUGGCUUUGAAUCGUUAUGAGACCCUUUGUGAUAUAGAUCUCUUGCCAUUGUAUAUACCAUUAUUGCACACCUGUGCACAUUUGUGGUGGCAAAAAGGUCGUGAUCAAAAACCCAUUACUGACCGCUUGACUGAUAUGUCUCGUAAGGGCAUCAGUAUUAACAACAAUCCAACAUUAAUGCAGGCUAUCCAUAAAUUAGAUCCACGUUCGGAGACUAUUUAAUAUUUAUUAACCCUCUCUCAUAGCAUGUAAGUUUAAAAUGUAAUGGAAAUUAAGUGCAAUUUAUGCGAAUAUUUGCAGUUUUGGAAAAUAUUUAUACAACUAACAUAACGCAUAUAUAGGUAUACACAGUUUAGCAAUUAGUAUUUAGAUGAUGUUUAUCACACAUUUAGCCGCUGUUCGUCAUUACACCCAUGGUAUGGAAAACUAACUUUAUACAUUUAUUUUUGUAUUAUUAUUGUUUGUAAUAAUAAAAAACGUACAUAUUUAUUGUAUUAUGUACAAGAAAAUUAGCAAUGGAA